UUUGAAAUUUAAUUUUGUUGUGUUGUCAAAUUUAAAUUUAAAUUUACAAUGUUGGUUGAUGAUGUUUUAAAAUGCAGUUUUUCAUCAUGGUUUUCCAUUCUUGGCCAUCUAUCCAUCGAAAGUGAUAUUAUUGAAAUUGAUGAUAAAUUCCGCGAAUAUCUACUGUCAGAUGGAAUAAUUCUUCCAGAAUGUUGCAAUUCUGAAUCUUAUCAUGUGACAAAUGGCAAUGGACAUAAUCAAAAUGGUCACAGUGAUGAUCAUGAUGACGAUAAUGGAAUUGAUUGGGAUGAUAACCAUGAUGAUCCAAGUGAUAAUAAUGAAGAAAUAAAUGUAAUUGAAUUUCCUCAGAUCGAAAAACGAAUACGAAGAUCAUUACGUCGAUAUGGAAAUUUAUUUCCCAAAUUAAAUUGGAGUUCAUGUGAAGAUGCAAGUUGGGUACAGGCUAACGGUACAAAAUGUUCCGAUUUAACCAGUGUUUUUCUGAUGCUUAAAAGUUCGGACAAAAUCGUUCAUGAUUUAACCGAUCCAUUUGAUCAUUGUUCGGAUUUCGAUUGCCAUAAUCCACCUAAAUUUCAAUAUCAACUAAUACUACGAAAAUGGAUCAACAUGAAUCCUUCGAUGGAAUUCCGUUGUUUCAUUGGCAAUCAAACAUUGUUGGCAAUAUGUCAACGUGAUGUUCGUACAUUUUAUGAAUACAUUGGUUCGGAAAAAUCACAAAUCAUUCAAGAUAUACAGAAUUUUUUUGAAGAAAAUAUUCGUGGAAAAUUUCCACUUGAUAAUUUUGUCAUUGAUAUUUUAAGACCAACGAUCCAGACUAUUCAAUUGAUCGAUGUGAAUGUUUUCGGUGAAUUGACUGAUUCAUUGCUUUUCGAUUGGGAUGAACUUUUGGCCAAUGCUUCAGCGGUUCAACGUGGAGAUUCCAUACCAGUGGAAUUUCGUUAUAUUGAAAAUCGUUUCGGUGUUCAACGAGGACGAUUCGAAUUGAAUUCAUUACCAUUAGAUGUAUUCAAUGGUAAUCUAACCAACUUAUAUGACGAUAAUUUAACAAAUGUCAAUAACAACGAUAAUGAUGAUGAUCGAUGAUCGAUGAUUCGCAAUUAAUGAUGGGCAAUGAAUGGUUGUUUACAUUUUUGUUGAUUAUGAAUAUGAUGAUGAUUAUUAUUAAUAAUAAUGGAAAAGAAAAAAUUUUCCAUUAUUAAUAAUAUAACAAUGGGUAGGUGGUGAUGUGGUAUACAAUGCUUUAAUUGCCCUAUAGCUUUCAAUUUUUUUUUUAUUAUUUAUUUUUCGUGGUUAUAGUAAUAGUAAUUAUGAUUAUUUUUUUUAGGUGUGAAAUUUAUUGUCAUUAAAAAUGUCUAUUUCAUUACACGUGUAUUUGGAUAUGGAAAAUGAUGAUGGUGAUUAUGAUGAUGAUGAUGGAAGUGAAACCCCUUUGCACUGAUCAAGGCAGCAUUCGUUAUUGCAAUCAACCGAUACAAUCACAUUUACAUCGUGUGUGUGUGUGUGUGUGUGUAUGUAUGUGAAUAAUGAAAGCGAUCGCCGAUUAAUUCAAUCAACAUUCAUGUUUUUUUUUUCGUUUCAUGACAAUCUCUAAUCAUUUAAGAUGUCGAACAAAUUAUCAUCAUUAUAGUAGAACAAACACGCAUACAAUGAAAUGAAAAUUUUAUGAUUUGUUUCUUUCUUUUUCAACAACAACAACAAAAAAAUUGUCAAUUAUGAUGAUGAAACAAUAAAAUGAAAGAGUAAUUAUAUUUGCCAAAUCAAAUAUAUGUAAAAAAAAACAUAUUGUGUGAUUACUGAUAAUUUUCUUGGUUUCUUGUGACUUUUUUUUUCUUUCAUUGUAUUUCUUUGUAUUAUGAUGAUCAUCAACUGAUGAUCACAAUUAACAAUCAUCAUCAUCAUCAUCAUCAUCAACAACAACAACAGCAUCAUUAUGCGAAUUGGCCAAUUUGUUGCUGUUGCAGUUCAUGUAUGGAAAGACCAAAUCAAACAUUACAAACUAGCCAGGACAACCAAUCACAAAUACACACACACACACAAACAUCGUGGGAUGAUAAUAAGAAAAUUUUUUUUAUAUUUUGUUUCUUUCUUACCUACAGGCAAUAAUAUAUUUGCAACGUUCGUGUGCUUUUUUUUACUUUAUU